GCAGUUGCCGGGCCAGAGGGUCAGUGUGCGAGGUUGGGAAUUUUGGAACUGAAGCGGCUGGUAGCUGAGGAAGAAAUGGCGCCUUCGACCACAGUCUCCCAGAAGAAGCAGAUAAAGCGGAAAGCUCCUCGUAGCUUUCUAAAGAAAGUUUUCAAACGACAGAAGCCACACCUUCGUCUGCAGACUGGUGGCGACUUACUGGUACAUCUGAACUGUUUAUUGUUUGUUCAUCGAUUAGCAGAAGAGUCCAGAAUAAAGGCUUGUGAGAAUAAAAAUGGAGUCAUUAAAAAGGAACAUGUACUGGCAGCAGCAAAGUGAACCUGUCUGGGGAUGCAACGGCUUAAAAACGCAGCACUUUGGCCCUCCAGUGGGUUAAAGCACAGCAUUGAGAAUCUAAAGCCGCUUCUGCAUGAGUUCGAUUCCCGCCUGCCCC